CCGAAGAUGGCGACGUGUAGACGUGUUCAGCUACUCCUACUGUUGAUGUCCGUUUCGAUCUAUGUAUGUCCCAUUCUGGGAGCUAGAUCGCCAAGCAUUGGCAACGCUAAUGCUCAAGCUAACAAUGGAAGUCCUCAAUUUCCAGCUGGGGGGCCACCUGCGGGAAAUAUUGUUCCUGCAGCCGGGGCCGCGCAGCCCCGCCGGGCAACCGGCUGGAAGCUGGCCGAGGAGGAGGCCUGCCGAGAGGACUUGACCCGGCUUUGCCCGAAGCACACCUGGAACAAUAACUUGGCCGUUCUGGAGUGCCUGCAAGAUAGGAAAGAGGAGUCGGAGAUUGCUACAGACUGCAACCAUCUCCUGUGGAACUACAAGCUGAAUUUAACAACCGAUCCUAAGUUUGAAUCUGUGGCUGUGGAAGUGUGUAAGAGCACCAUCAACGAGAUCAAAGAAUGUGCGGAAGAGGAGCGAGGGAAAGGCUACCUGGUGUCAUGCCUGGUGGACCAUCGUGGGAACAUCACUGAGUACCAGUGCCACCAGUACAUCACCAAGAUGACCACCAUCAUCUUCAGUGACUACCGGCUCAUCUGUGGCUUCAUGGACAAGUGCCGUGACGACAUUAACGCCCUGCGCUGUGGCAGUAUCAGUGCGGGGGAGAAGGAUGUCCACUCCCAGGGUGAGGUGAUCUCCUGUCUGGAAAAAGGUCUGGUGAAGGAGGCAGAGGAGCAGGAUGGGAGACACGCGAUUAAGGACGAUUGCAAGAAGGCCAUCAUGCGUGUGGCCGAGCUCUCCUCUGAUGACUUCCACCUGGACCGCUACCUCUACUUCUCCUGCCGGGAUGACCGAGAGCGAUUCUGUGAAAACACUCAGGCUGGAGAAGGCAGGGUCUACAAGUGUCUCUUUAACCACAAGUUUGAGGAGGCCAUGUCUGAGAAGUGCCGAGACGCCCUGACCACCAGGCAGAAGCUGAUUGCCCAGGACUACAAGGUCAGCUACUCUCUGGCCAAGGCCUGCAAGGUGGACCUUCGCAAGUACCGCUGCAACGUGGACACAAAUCUGCCCCGCGCCCGAGAGGCCCGCCUUUCCUACUUACUCUUGUGUCUGGAGUCUGCUGUGCACAGAGGUCGCAUUGUCAGCGGAGAGUGCCAGGGUGAGAUGCUGGACUACCGGCGCAUGCUGAUGGAGGACUUCUCCCUGAGCCCAGAGAUUGUGCUGCACUGCCGCGGGGAGAUCGAGACCCACUGCUCCGGCCUGCACCGCAAAGGGCGCACCCUGCACUGCCUCAUGAGGGUGGGCCGCAGUGACAAGGGCAAUGUGGAGAACCUCUGCCAGCAAGCACUCCAGACUCUGAUUCAGGAGGCAGACCCGGGGGCAGACUACCGGAUUGACCGGGCUCUGAACGAGGCCUGUGAGUCUGUCAUUCAGACAGCCUGCAAACACAUCCGCAAUGGAGACCCCAUGAUCCUUUCCUGCCUCAUGGAACACCUCUACACAGAGAAGAUGGUUGAGGAUUGUGAGCACCGGCUUUUGGAACUGCAGUAUUUCAUCUCCCGAGACUGGAAGCUGGACCCCAUCCUGUACAGGAAGUGCCAAGGCGAUGCCUCCCGGCUGUGCCACACCCACGGCUGGAACGAGACCAGCGAGAUGAUGCCUCCUGGCGCCAUCUUCUCCUGCCUGUACCGCCAUGCGUACCGCACAGAGGAGCAGGGGAGACGGCUGUCACGGGACUGUAAAGUUGAGGUGCAGAGGAUCCUGCACCAAAGGGCCCUGGAUGUUAAGCUGGACCCUGAGCUACAGAAGCGCUGCAUGACCGAUCUGGGCAAGUGGUGCAGUGAGAAGACCGAGACAGGACAGGAACUGGAGUGUCUACAGGACCACCUGGAGGACUUGGUCUCAGACUGCAGGGAUGUUGUGGGGAACCUGACGGAACUUGAGUCUGAGGACAUCCAGAUCGAGGCUCUGCUGAUGCGUGCCUGUGAGCCAGUGAUCCAGUCCCAUUGCCAUGAGGUUGCCGAUAAUCAGAUUGACACAGGUGACCUGAUGGAGUGUCUGGUACAGAACAAGCACCAGAAGGAGAUGAAUGACAAGUGUGCUGUGGGGGUCACCCACUUCCAGCUGAUCCAGAUGAAGGACUUCCGUUUUUCCUACAAGUUCAAGAUGGCCUGUAAGGAAGAUGUGCUCAAGCUGUGCCCCAACAUCAAGAAGAAGGUGGAUGUGGUGAUCUGUCUGAGUACUACGGUGAGGAAUGACACCUUGCAGGAUGUGAAGGAGCAGCGCGUUUCUGUCAAGUGCCGCAAGCAGCUGCGUGUGGAAGAACUGGAGAUGUCAGAGGAUAUCCGCCUGGAGCCAGAGCUAUAUGACUCCUGCAAGCAGGACAUUGGGAGACUGUGCCCUAAUGUGGCUUUUGGCAAUGCCCAGGUGAUCGAGUGCCUGAAGGAGAAUAAGAAGCAGCUGACGCAGCGCUGUCACCAGAGAGUCUUCAAACUGCAGGAGGUGGAGAUGAUGGAUCCAGAGCUGGACUAUCAGCUCAUGAGGGUCUGCAAGCAGAUGAUUAAGCGUUUCUGCACAGAAGCAGAUGCCAAGAACAUGCUGCAGUGUCUGAAGCAGAACAAGAACAGUGAGCUAAUGGACCCCAAGUGCAAACAGAUGAUCACCAAGCGACAGAUUACACAGAACACAGACUACAGAUUGAAUCCUGUGUUGCGAAAGGCAUGCAAGGCAGACAUCCCCAAAUUCUGCCAGGGAAUCUUGAACAAGGCCAGUGAUGACAACGAGCUGGAGGGCCAGGUCAUCUCUUGCCUCAAACUGAAAUAUGCAGACCAGCGUCUCUCCCCAGACUGUGAGGACCAGAUCAGGGUCAUCCUGCAGGAGUCUGCCCUGGACUACAGGCUGGACCCCCAACUGCAGGUGCACUGUACAGAGGAGAUCUCCAGACUGUGUGCGGAGGAGGCAGCCGCCCAAGAGCAGACAGGACAGGUGGAGGAGUGUCUCAAGGUCAACCUGCUCAAGAUCAAACACGACUCCUGCAAGAAGGAAGUGCUUAACAUGCUAAAAGAGAGCAAGGCAGACAUUUUUGUUGACCCAGUCUUGCAUACCGCCUGCGCCUUGGACAUCAAGCACCACUGCGCAGCCAUUCCCCCUGGCCGUGGCCGUCAGAUGUCAUGUCUGAUGGAGGCUCUUGGGGACAAGAGGGUGCGCCUGCAGCCAGAGUGUAAGAAGAGACUACAGGACCGUAUUGACAUGUGGAGCUAUGCAGCCAAGGUGGCCCCAGCUGAAGGGUUCUCAGACCUGGCCAUGCAAGUGAUGACCUCACCCUCCAAGAACUACAUCCUGUUCAUGAUUGCAUUGGGGGUGUGUGUGCUCUUCCUGGUGGGGCUUCUCUGUGGCCGCAUUACCAAGCGCGUGACACGGGAACUCAAGGACAGGUAGAGGGUGGUUGGAACACCACAAACCAGCCACUCUCCAAAGGCCCGACCCCCAACCCCAACUCGGCCCAAUCGCCACCCCCCAGCCUCCUCAACUUCUCCCUUGCCCAGAUUCGGGGGGGCUGCCACACAAGCUACACAUCGCCAUCCCAUCCAAGGGCCAUAUUGGGACCCCCAUGUACCCUACCCAUCCCAUCCGUCCCGACCCCUAUUCUGAAACAGGACCACCCCUGAAUCUGAGAAUUAGACCCUUCUUAAUCCAAGCCUCAAGGGAUGGGCUGCUCCCUCCCUCGCCCCUUAGGAGUCCUCUGUGGUGAAGUGUUGCCUCGUCCAUUCUUCUUCCAUUGUGUAUAUCCAGUUCACUCCAGUCAACUGAUUUCUACUUGACAGUGCAAGCAGUACAUAAGAAUAUUUAUUUUACAGGUCUUGUUUUUCCCAUUGCGCUUCCUAUGCCAAGUGUGUUUGUUGGGGGGAUGGGGGCCAGGGGCCAGGGGGCAGGUUGAUUUUCAGAAAGCAGUGCAUCUAAUGUACCUCCCCAUUUCUCAUAUUAUUUGGAGGCACCAUAUAAGUGGGCCCAUUCAAGGACUUCAGUUCUGGGGUAGGGCUGAAAGGGUUCUUGUUUUAGUUUUUCCUGGGAAGAAUAGUUAUGCCUGUCUUGUUUGAUGUUGUGUUUUAAUUUUUUUUUUAUCAUGAUUAAUCAAAUCAAGGGGUGUUGCAGAUGUUUUCCACCCUGUUGAUUGCCAGGGGACUGCCAGGUGUUAAGGAAAUGUGACUGAUCUCAUCUGAGCCAAAAGGGGUCUACUACUGGGGCUCUGCUUUGGUGACAGAGGUGGCCCUACAUGCAGCAAACUUGCUCUCAUCAUGAAAACGAUCUGGUUGCCCCUCUCCAUAUUACCUUCUCUCUGUAAACUUAGAGCAGCUGAGAUGCAUCAGUGUUGCAAGUGUCAGUUGGUUCUUUGUACACAUGAGUUAUGGUAAGCCCAGGGCUUUCGGAAUUUGAGGUUCAGAAAAGUAACCCACUGUAUUUGCUCUGGUGGAAGACAGGGUGUUUCCUGUCAGGCAGUCCUCCUGGUCCUAGGAAGGCUGUUACCUCUGAAAGAGGGACAAAGAGUAAUACCCAGAAGGAUGUGAAACUGCUCAAGUUUCUUAUUGCAGACUGACAGCACCCAACAUUAUCAAUGCCCCUCCCCUCUGCUUCGAGCAGUUUUCUAAAUGCCUCAGUGAUAAUUUGACCUGGAACCAGGCUCGAAAUGUCAUUUGUUGCAUUUGCAUUGGACUGUGCAAAAGUUCAACUGAUAUGGAAUGGCACACUGGAACAUUGCUCAUCAUGGUUAUAUCUGUCAGUCAGGCUGUUACCAGAGGCUGAACAGGUGGUGAUCACUAGUGCAGGGCCAACAGGAUGGCAGAAACUGAGAAUAAAGCGGACCAAGCCCUGCCCCUCUACACCUCUACAGAGAGUGGCUUAUUUCCUCCAUCAAGCCUGCAUGGACAUUUGUAAUGGCUAUUGUUUUUGCAGAAAGGCAAGGAACACUGGUAAGGAACAACAUUUAUCUCAAGAGAAAAGAAUAGCAGCUGCAUUUGGGCAUAUGCACAUCUUAGAAGUAGGUUUGAAUGCUAACAGAAUCAUUGCACAUUUUUUAUUUUGGUUUUUAUAUAUAUUUUGUUUGGUCAUAGCCUUAUUUAUUGUUUAAUAAUGAUUGGGUCUGGGUUUGAGGUCUUUUUGAUUUGUAUGCUCUCUCAUGGCCUUUUUUCCCCCCUAUGCCUAUGAACAUACUGCUCUGUGACACCUGGGCUCUUAGGAACUGCAGAGGGUUUUUAUACUGUUUUUCAAGGGGCUGUUGACACUCCAGGGGUAUGCUGGUUACUGAGUUUAGGAAGGGUUACAAUAUGAGUCCUGCAGAUAUGCAGCCAUUCAGGCUCCUUAAAUAGUCAUUCACUUAAUACCUUAAGCACAGAUUUAUUUGGACACAUUCAAGUGAAUAAACACUCCAGUGAAGUCAUGGAGGGGGAAAUGCUGGUCCUCCAGACCAGAUCCGACCUGCAGAGUACAUCUUUCCGUUAAAUAGUCAAUGUUGUCAUGCUAUACCUUUGGAUAGUAUACAUUUGUAUAAUUGCUUUGGAUUUGAAUCACAAAUACACUCACUUUUUCUGCAAAAUAGAUGGUUUCCACAGCCAUGACACUGCAUUGGUUUCAUCAGAAACUGUCAGUAUGUCCAAUGCCAUACCCCUUUCCCCCUUAGCCCCUUUACUUGUCAGACACCAAGCCAAAGGGACUGCAGAUUGGCAAGUAUAAUGGAUCCUGCAUAAUUUGUCAAUGGGAGAGAUAGAAACUCUCAAUCUCCUUGCGUGCCUACUUCAACAGCUGCAGCAACUGAUUCCCCAGACCUCAUUUCUGUUGAAACAUGGCUGCGAUCGAUGGACUGUUAUAAAUGAACUGUCGUCCUCUUGCCCCUGGACACCUUGGACCCAUACGAUAGAAAUGCCACAGUAUUGUUGGAAUUUGUAAAUGUUCUGAAUUUUUGUAUAGUUCAAACAUGGAUUGAAUCAUUUAGUUUGGGUUUAACUGUUACUCCAACCGUGCUUUGUGAAAUCGCUUGCAGUUCAUAUCAGUAAACCGUGCAAAGAUUGUCAAUGUAAAUAGCUGCAACAACUUUUCAUUGGAAGGAUUCAUUGAGCCAAGCAAAAAGGUUUGUUUUUGAGAUGGUGUAUGAAAAUUAGGCUUAUGUUAGAACCAUGAAUGUGUCGCAUAUAUACUGCUCCCAAUGCAACUGAGAUCCUGUUGCUGUAAUGAGUGAUUUUUUUUUUUUCAAUCUGUUGUGCCUAUGUCUUUUGGAUAAAGUACAUUUUCAAUGGAUAAGCUUCAGAAUUGUCACUUUCUGUAUACCAUCAAACCAACUGUAAUGCCUGAGCGGAUGCCACCCAUGAGCUAAUUCUGUACUUGUGCUGGGUUGUGCUAAGGCUUUUCCUAGGUGGACAAGAUGUUAUGGGAUGUUUUGAGGUUUGGCUUUUGAUGCUUGUCUUGGAUUCAGCAAUCUGAUUGUAUAUACAGUUUACUGUGGCACAAUCACGUUCAUAAAGGUAAAUCAAGUUCAGAAAAGGCAGAUAUUUCUUGUGUCUAAGCAGUGAAUAAAAUAUUUUGUUUGUAUCCUUUGCUCUCCCAUUUUAAAAAAUGCAUUUCGGUAUUUGGUAUGUGUUCUGAGCUUACUAGUCAGCAGACCCUCCAACCAACCAAUUCUCUCCUUGCCAUGCUGUCUGAGUUCCUUUGAGUUGUGUAAAACUGCAAAGACUUCAGACCUUUCCCUUCAUGUGUGUCUGUGCUGCAACCUUGGACCACCAGCCAUGGCAUUGUAGGACACACCCCUCCUUUUUUGAGAACAUCACCCCUGAGAGGCCCCUGAUCCCCUAUGACACACACCAACACUUGAUUUAAUUGGGGCAGUCUGUUUUUGAGGGCAGUAUCACUUCAAGCUCAAGGGGUGGCAGCACUGUUGGACUGAAGUGGAAAGGCUUAAAAGAAGACUCUAAAACCAGGAGCCAAAGUGGAAAACUCACCAUUGCUUUAAACCAGUCCUCCACAGCAUCCAGUACCAUUGAGUCAUUCUGCAAAUCAGUAGUUACUGUCUUUGUCCAUUUAAAGUGAGAUUUCCUCAAGUUAAAUUGAAAUGAUUAAUAAUAAUAAUAAUAAUAAUGAUGAUGAUGAUAAUAAUA